AUGAAAGGUCCAUUUACAUUGUUUAUAUCAGUAUCGAUAUUGAACAACCAGCUAUAUCGUCACAUCGAGGCACCGGGUUGGAAGUUAAGAUGGGAUUGGCAAGGAAACGAAAUUAUAUGGAAAAUGAUGGGUGCGGAGACAACUGAACAAGGCGAUUGUUCUAAGUUUAACAACGUACCUUAUUGUUGUCUAAAGAAACCGAUUAUUAUUGAUCUUUUACCGGGGACACCUUUCAAUAAUCAAUUUACCAAUUGUUGUAAGGGCGGAGUUCUUUCUUCCUUAAUGCAAGGGCCUGGUAAAUAUGGCUCUGCCUUUCUAAUGAAAGUUGGUGGCAUUGUUGGUUCGACGUCGUCGAAUGAUAAAAUGCAUGUUGGCGUUCCUUUGAACUUUUCGCUCGGUCUUUCUGGAUAUUCUUGUGGAAAUCCUUUUCGUGUCGCUCCCACUAUAUUUUAUUAUGAUAAUGGUCGUCGAACUAAACAAGCUGCGGCAACAUACAAUGUUACAUGUACCUAUUCGCAAUUCCUUUCUUCACCAUCUCCGAAAUGUUGUGUUUCACUAUCCGCUUUCUACAACGACACGAUCAUUCCAUGCCCGAGUUGUAGUUGUGGUUGCCCAAACCAAGUCGAACCUAACUGCGUAAAGAAUAGGGAGAAAGUAAAGGAGAUAAUGCAGGUUCCAACCGAGGCAUUGGUGGAAUGUACUAGACACAUGUGUCCGAUAAGAGUUCAUUGGCAUAUUAAGGUGAAUUAUAAGGAAUAUUGGCGGGUGAAAUUGACGGUUACAAAUAUGAAUUAUGUGAAGAACUAUAGUCAAUGGAAUUUGGUGGUUCUUCAUCCUAACUUGAGGUCACUUACUCAAGUUUUUAGCUUUAACUAUCAGCCUUUGAAUCAGUUUGGAAAUAUCAAUGAUACAGGUAUGUUCUAUGGGAUAGAAUUCUACAAUGACAUAUUGUUACAAUCAGGAGAAAAUGGGAAUGUGCAAACAGAGAUGUUAUUGAAUAAAGAAAACGGAAACUUCACUUUUGGUGGAGGUUGGGCUUUUCCAAGAAGAAUAUCAUUCAAUGGUGAUGAAUGUGUUAUGCCUUCUCCAGAUGAUUAUCCAACUCUACCGAACAAGGCAGAACUCAUUCUCUCUUCAUCAAACAACACUCUUCUUAUCUCGUUUUGGUUACUUCUUAUUAUGUUUUUCUAAUUUCUUAACUUGUAAAAUAUUUGAUCAUUAUAUGCAGAAAGACAGUAAAUGUGUUACCUUUUUCACAUGUGAAAUGGACCAAUUAUUGGGUUUCCAAUUGAGUUGGCAUCUUUCUGGUUAUAUUGCGUGUUUGUGUUCAUGUUCAGAUCAUUGUUGCUGCUGGUUCGUCGA